UUUUAGCGAUUUGGUUUUAAAUAGUUGUUCACAUGGUUUUAGGAUCCUAAGGAAGAUGAAUGGAUCAAAGCGUGUAGCACAUACGACACCAAAGAAUAAUGUCCGAUACAGUGGGAAGUUGAAAGAUAUACUACAGUCUUCAACAUCAAGACAUAAAUCUGAAGGAAAAGUUGUGGAACCUGACCUAUUGAAUAUUCCAGUUAUUAAACAAAGUGAAAAUGCAAAACUGCUACCAAAAUAUACUUCAAUUUUGGCUAAAACAGGAGAAGACAGUGUUUCUAUGGAUGAUUUGGAUUUAUUACAACAAGAUUUAGAAAAACUUUUGUCUACUAGUGCAGUUAGAAUUAGAUAUUUACUUGCUGAAAUAGGGGAAAUUGAUAAAAAUGAUGAAAGUCAUGAGAGAAAAGCACAUGUUAAAACUUCCUUAAAAAGGAAAAGGAUAGAUGAAAAACCUAAGUUCAAGGAUUUUAAAGUUACUUUACCAAAAAAUAAUUCAGAUAAAUUCUGGGCUUCAAUUGAACCUUUCUGUGUCAGUGUCACCAAAGAUGAUGUUGCUUUUUUAGAUUGUAUAAUUAAAGAAUUCUCUAGAGAAAUUGAUAUAAAAAUUCCCGAAAUUGGUGAGCAUUAUGCGAAUGGAUGGUCAGAAGAUAUAAUGAAUGAUGAGCAAAACCUAGGAAAAUCACAUAAUAAGAAGACUGCUACCACAAAUGAAAUCAAGAAAAGUGGAUUGAACGCGUUGGUAGAAACUUUUUCCAUUCCACAAACUCAAAGGCUUUUAGCAGGUCUUUUAGAAGAAAAAGUAUUGACAAAUCACCCAAAAAAUGGAGAAAAUGGUAUUAAGAUCCAUAAACUGAGAUCAUCCGAUUUUUCAAAAUUGAAAUCUUCAACAGGUGGCCAAAAAAUAGGCACAUGUUUAGAUAGGAGAUUGAAAAAGGAACUCGUGGAACAAGGUAUUCUUACUAUAGAAGAUUUAACUAUGAAUGCACCAGAAGAUGAAAUAUUGAGUGAAAUUAAGAAAUGCCAACAAGAACUGACCACUGUAAAUGAGUAUAACUUAGAAGAAUUGAACAAAUUAAGGUCCCUCGUAUUAAAUGAUUUACAUUCCAAUGAAGUAAAGGAACAACUAGAAGAAGUAGACAAAGAAGUAUUGGAUUUGUACAACCAAAUUGUAGUAACGCGGAAAACAGCACAGCAAGAAGAAGGGGAUGAUUUUGAUAAAACAAUAUUUUCUGAACAAAUAAAGAAAGAGUUUGAAACUCAAACUGAUGCCUUAUUAAAACAACAAAUAGAACUUAAUAAAAAUAUUAACGGUCUUACAGAUAUGCAACUGAUUUAUUGAUGGUUGAAUUCAAUAUAAUUCGGUAAUAUUUCAAUUUUUGAUUUGUAGAUUCCCUGAUUAAAAA